UGACAUGCUGUCUGAACGAUCAAGACUCGGCUUGAAACACCGCGAACCGAGAAAAUACCGCGAACUGAGAGAAGAAAAGUCGCAGCACGGACCUCGCGUUACUAGGUCGUAAAGCGUCCGAGAUGUCGCAACCCAAGUCUCGCGUUACUACAACCCAAGUCUCGCGUUAUCAGAUACUCGGAUCAGAUUUUAAGAUGAUGGGAUUAGGGAAUGGGCGCCGCAGCAUGAAGUCUUCACCUCUUAUCCUGGCUGCCCUGGUUGCCUGCAUCAUAGUCUUGGGCUUCAACUACUGGAUUGCAAGUACCAGAAGCAUGGCCCUCCAGACACGAGUUGUGGAGCUGGAAGGCCGGGUCCGCAUGGCAGCUGCAGAGAGAGGUGCUGUGGAGCUAAAAAAGAAUGAGUUCCAGGGAGAGCUGGAGAAGCAGCGAGAGCAGCUCGACAGAAUUCGGUCCAGCCACAGCUUCCAGCUUGAGAGUGUCAACAAGUUAUACCAGGAUGAAAAGGCAGCUUUAGUGAAUAAUAUCACAACAGGUGAGAAGUUCAUCAGAGAUCUGCAAGAUCAGUUGAAGGCCUUGCAAAGGAGUUAUGGCAGGCUUCAGCAGGACAUCUUCCAGUUCGAGAGGAACCAGAGCAACCUGGAGAAGAAGUUCUCCUAUGACUUGAGCCAGUGUAUUAACCAGAUGAAAGAGGUGAAGGAGCAGUGUGAAGAGCAGACAGAAGAGGUAACCAACAAGAGAAAUGAAGCUGUCAUUUCCAAAGAUGCUGGUGAAAACAAUGACCAAAGUCAUCAGCUGCAUACUCUCAUCAAGCCUCAGCCUGGGCUACAGGAAAUAGACUUGCUGCAGUCACAAGUGCCACAAGGAAAAGGACACAAGUCCCAGACACCAGCCCCAAGUUCUGAUGUGGUUUUGUAUUUGAAGACAAGAAAGGGAAACAAAGAAACCAACAAGAUCCAGAUUGUCAGUGGGGAGGAGCCUUCGAAAGACAGUCUGGGGCCACCCCAACUACCAGGGCAAGAACAGGCUACUGUAAAAGACACACCUUGGAUCAGAAGAGGACAACUCACUGACACCACACAGGUGCCAGCUAUCCUAUUGGCCAGGGCUGAAGAUCAAAAUUCUGAAGACCUUGAACAUGACCAGCUUGUUGUCCAUGGUGGGCAGGAGGAACAGCAUGCUACUGAGGAAGGGAAAAACCAGCAGAGACUGGAAGGACAGCAUGACUACAACGUGGAUGAAAACAAGGAGUCUGAAAGAGACAGACAGGCAGCCCUUGUAGGGAAUGACCAGAGCAUAAAUGGUCUCUCACCUGAGCCCAGCGCUCACCAAUUCCAUUAGCCAGCUUGCCCCUGGAGAUUCCUGUUUCCGCCUCUAUACAGGUCAGAAGAGCGGCAUCAUAGAUUUACCUGAUCAGCAUGAAAAGCAGAAUAAUACACUCUAAAUCAACUGAGAGUCAUAUACUCCCCUGCAGGCCUGAACAGAGGUCACUACAGAAUAUUGACAUGUGAUGAAGUAGACAAAUGAAAAUGUAUAUCUGAAGAUGAUUAUUGUGGUUUUCUUUUUGUUUGUUUGUUUGUUUGUUUGGUUUUUCGAGGUAGGGUCUUGCUGUAGCCCAGGCUGACCUGAAAUUCACUAUGUAGUUUCAGGGGGGCCUUGAACUCAUGGCGAUCCUCCUACCUCUGCUUCCCCAGUGCUGGAUGAAAUGUGUGCACCACCAUGCCCGACUUAUUUUGGUGUUUUAAUAUGUACUUUAUGUAGGACAAAUAGGACUGCCUCUUAAGACAGUCUUGUGGGGAGUACUUUUAAAAAUGUGUGUUAGCAGAUGCUAGUCUUAAGUUACUAGACAGUGGUAAUAAAAUGAAUGUAUUUACAUAUAAAAAAAAUGUGUGUUAGAAGAUGUCAAAAUUGACCAAACUUCAUCAGGUCAAUAAUAAAAAUAGAAAAGGUUUUCCUUCUGAGUGGUAACCAUAGUUCUUUGUCAUUCUAGAUUGUAAUGAAAACAAAGCAAUCUACAAAGGAAAGGCCAUAUGAUAGGGAGAAGAAAGGGGCUUCAGAGAACCCUGGUUGUCUGGGGUUCCUUGGGCUCCUCUCGUACACGUUAGGUGUGCCAGCCACUGUUUGUUUUCAACUGAUAUACUCAUUCUUUGUCAUUGACAGAUCAUUCUUAGUCAUUGGUAGAGUUCUGACUGUUCGCAUAAACACCACUAGUAACAGCAAACAAGCCUCGAUACAAAACUGUUUUGCUCAAAGUUUUAAAAAGAUGGCCAGGUGUAGUGGCUCAUACCUGUAAACUUCAAGUCUCAGGAGGCUAGAGCAGAGAGAUCCAGGCCAGAUUGAGUUACAAGGAGACUGUGGAAACUUAUGGCACAGGAAGCAUAAGUGGGGUCUUCAUCACUUUCAACCUUUGUUUAAUCAUCUACAGAUAGAUAUUUACUCAGCUGAGCAGAUUAGAAAAUAGAAUGAAGAGUUAGAUAUAAUUCUCUACCAUAAAAUGAAUAGGACGAAGUCAGGAAAACUGCAUGCUUACAGGGCCUUUCCUAAAGUUGCCCCAGAGUAUUUAGGGAUACAGUUAGCAUGGUAAACAAGAGAGCUUAAGACAAGCCACCAUGCUCUGCAAAUGCAGAAUGAUGUACUGAUGCUGUGAUGUGUGAUCAUUAUAAUCACUAUUGAGUCCUUUUCAAAUGUGCAAGUGUAAUAUUUUGAUGUGUUAUUAAAUCCUCCAAAGUACAAGUACCACUGCUUUCAUCAUUUGGGCCCUUCCAUACUGGGCAAAUGUAGGGUGGUUUUGUAAUCUCUCACCUCCUAGUCCAUACCUAUGUAAAGUGGGAUGUGCUGUCAUUGAAAGAAUGUUGACUUCUCAAGAAUAAUGUCCUUGAACAAAUCUGUGUUAGAGCUAGUAUCACAAAAGCUUAACUAAAGUAUAAAAAAAGAAAAACACCAAGAAAAGUUUUGUUAAAGACUGCUUGUUACUUUUCAACUAAAAAACACUGUUGUUACUUACAAUUAAGCAUAUGUGGUGGUGUCUACCUUACUUUACAUAUAUGUGGGCAAAGUGAAAUUUUCUAUCAUAAGUAUAAACUACUAAGAAAAAAAUGA